AUGCAGGAACAGGAAGAAGCCGCCCGCCUGACCGAGGCAUCGCAGCAGCAGGCUGCAAAGGGGCUCGCCAGGGAGAGGCAGGCGCAGGCGCGAGAGGAGGUGGUCCUGGCCCGUGAGAGGACGGCGGAGGCCUCCAAGGCUGAAUUGGCCCGCCAGAAAGGCGAGGCUGACCAGAUCCACGCCGAACUCCAGCACUGGGAGGAGGAGCUCCAGAGCCGGGAGGAGGAUGUCACAAUCAGGGAGACCGAUGCUGCCGAGGCGGUGCUAGCCUCAGCCGCUCGGGAGGAGCGGGCCGCCAAGUGGGAGUCCGAGCUGACCACCUGCGAGCAAGCCCUCUCCGCCCUCGUGGAGUGGGUAAAGCAGGCUGGAGCCCAGGCGUCCGGCGCGGUCGAGGGACAGGGCCUCGAGGAGCGGCUGCGGAGCGUGACGGAGGAGCUCAAGGCCACCAAGACCGAUCAGGCCAGCGUGAAGCGGAUGAUGGAAGACAUCCUCCGGCAAACGCAGAGGUCCAUGAGGGUGGCUGGGCUUGGGCGAGUCCAUGUGGAGGCAAAGGGGACAGGCCUCGGCCAGGAUGCCCUUGGCUUUCAGAGAAUCAGCCAACGCCUCGAGGCGCUUCCCCAGGCCGUCCAGGAGCUAGCCGCCCGAAAAGGGCGAGGCUUGGCCCAGGCAGUGGCCGAGCAUGGGUAUCUUGAGGGUGGAUGUGGUUGGUGA